AUGGCCAAACUCGCAACCAUCUCUGUCGCUUUCCUCCUCCUCCUGGCGUUAUCGCACGCCGCGCCGGCCGAAAAACCGACACAAAAAGACGACCUCGAGGCUCCCGCGGAAAAGGGAGACCUCAAGGCAGCGGCCUCACAUUACGGCGGAUGGGGCGGCUACGGGGGCCACUUUGGCGGCUACGGUGGCUACGGUGGCUACGGCGGCUGGGGCUCGCCGUACUACGGUAGCUACUACAGCUGGCCUAGCUACGGAUACGGAUACGGAUGGCCGUACGGCGGAUACGGAGGCUACGGCGGAUACGGCGGAUACGGCGGAUGGGGAUACGGACAUCAUGGCUAUUGGUGGUAAAGAGUAAAAUAAGUUUAGUGUGCAAUAUUUUAAACAA